AUGUCGAAUGCACGUCUACUUCCAGGGUUUCAUUUCAAACCAACCGAGUUACAAUUACUUAACUUUUAUCUUUUACCAAAGAUUAAUGAUGAACCACUUCCAGUAAUCCCUCGAAUGCUUGAUGCUAACAUAUAUGGUGAAAAAGGUGAUCAUCCAUCUCAAGUUUUCGAUUCUUUUGGUUCAUCAGACCGCGAAGAAGAAGAUACAAUCAGGUAUUUCUUUACUAAAUUACAGCAUGUUUCAAAGAAGAAUGGGGUUAAAAGCAAGAAUGUAAUUCGAAGUGUGGGUGGUUAUGGUUAUUGGAAUAAUAACGGGAAAAUCGAGUCUAUUAAGGUAAAGAAUAACAACCAAGGACAAGGUGUUGAUGAAUAUGUUGAGGUUGGAUCAAAAACAUCUCUUACCUUUAAAAGAGGAAAGGAUAUUGCUGAUGAUCAUGUUGAAUGGAGUAUGAUUGAGAUUUCAACAGAUUAUAGUAAUGUGGUUCUUUGUAAAAUCACAAAGAAGAUCAAGAAAAGGCAUCUGCAAACAAUUUCCAGUAGUAUUAUUAGUACUACUACUUCUGCUAUUACUACUGUUGCUGAUGAUGGUGUUCAAAGAAACAAACGUCAAUGUGUUGCUGUACAAGUUUAUCAACCUCAAGAAAUUGGUGUUUUGGAAUCUGGUGUUUUGGGUAUGGUUCAAGAAUCUGGUGUUUUGGGUAUGGUUCAAGAAUCUGGUGUUUUGGGUAUGGUUCAAGAAUGUGGUGUUUUGGGUAUGGUUCAAGAACAAGAAACUAAUAAUAAUAUGGUGAAUGUUGAACAAGUUAAUUUUGAGGAUUUGUCAGUUGGCGGUGAUGAUGUUUAUCUGAGUUUGGAAGAUCUUGGCAUUGUGAAUUCUGAUAAUAAUAACACGGCGAAUAUUAGAGAAGAAGAAGGGAUGAGAAAGGAGGAGGAGGAGGAGGAGGAGGAUGAUAUGUCAUUGUUUUGUAAAGAAUUGGAAGAGGAUUUGUCAGUUGGUGAUGAUGAUGUUUUUCAGAGUUUGAACUCUGAUAAUAAUUUUGAUGGCCUUUUGGAUUUGUGUUCAACAAAUCCCAGUACUACUACUGUUGUUGCUGAUGAUGAUGGUGUCCAAGGAAACAAAAGUCAAUGUGUUGCUGUACAAGUUGAUCAUCCUCAAGAAUAUGUUAUUGCUGAUGAUGGUGUUCAAGGAAACAAACAUCAAUGUGUUGCUGUACAAGUUGAUCAACUUCAAGAAUCCGGUGUUUUGUGUCCAACAAAUCCCAGUACUACUUCUGAUACUACUACUGUUGCUGAUAUUGCUGUACAAGUUGAUCAUCCUCAAGAAUAUGGUGUUUUGAGGAUUUGUCAGUUGGUGGUAAGAUUAGCCAAUUACCAGUCAAUUUUGAAGAUAAUCUGA